AUGAAGCAAAUCCUGAACUCCGGAUCACAGUUCUUCAUGGGAUGUCCUACCCCAUGUGGCAAAGAUCUAUGGGUCAAGAACCAGCCUGUUCAGUUACAUGAAGACCCAUGGCAGAUACUUGCGACCAUGAGUAGGUCAUCCUCGUAUCGAGCGGCAGCCACCAUCAACAAUAAUGUCUGUGUCAGCUUUCUGCACAAUACGGACAUUUAUGGUGCAGAAAAUAUUAUCCAGUCCAAGCAGGCUGCAGAAGCUGUUAAUGGAAUCUUGACUGAAUUUGUGUGCACAGUAUUCAAUGAUUACAUCUUUGUGGUGGCCAUGCAGUAUGGAAAAAUGGGAACAUUGAUCUCUGUAACACCUCACAGUGUGGCAAAUGAGAUCAGCAAGCCCACAUUUAGCACAAAGAUCCUAAUGGGAAAAGAUGAGCCUUUCAUCCACGUCUAUGCAAAACAACUUGUGACCUUCGUGUCUGAGGAGUCUGGAAACAGAGCAGUGCUACUUGCAUUGGUCCUGAAUGAUGCAAACAUGAACAGUAUUAAGCCUAUCAAGCAGGUGACUCAGAGCUGCCGACUCUGGUGA